AUGACUGCUCCGGUCAAAAAACUUUCAGUGAAGGAAAAAGAAUUAGCAGAACGGAAAACGCCAUGGAAAUCCGUGUACGUCAUAUCAUUUCUUCUCCUUUUGACUGGACUUCAGAUGAGUAUUUACUUCACUUCCACGUGGCAAUAUCUAUCAGAAAACGAUGAAUCAGUGACAGUUGAUUUUUUCGGAGUUCUUCUUGCGCUUCAAGCUCUUGCUUCAGCAUUCGCGAAUCCGCUUUUUGGAUAUUGGAAUCAGGUUUCAGCAUCAACACGAAAUCCAGUGUUCUGUGCGUGUGGAAUCGCUGGAUUCGGAAAUUUGCUGUAUGGAUUUGCAUAUUUGGCACCUCCAUAUGUGAAAUGGGUCAUGCUGUUUUCGAGAAUCUUAACUGGAUUCAGUCCAGGAGCACUCGGAGUUCUCAGAAGUUUCAUUGGAACAGCUAGUACUCAAGAAGAUCGAAUGAAAGCGGUUUCUAUUACUAACGCAGGAUUCACCGCUGGCUUCUUCUUGGGUCCAACUAUUCAGAUUUGUUUCAUUCCUCUCGGAAAAGAUGGUUUCUACAUUGGUCCAUUUCUCAUAAAUAUGUAUACAUCAGCUGCACUUUUCAUGACAAUUGUCAGUGUGUUUUCCAUUCUUUUGACCUAUUUCUUCCUGGAAGAAAACUAUGUUGGAAUUAUAAGUGAAGAAGAAAAGAAUCAAGAUCCGUAUUUUGUUCUUCCGAAGUUCGAUCGUCUUCCUGUUCUUCUUCUAUUCUAUAUGUGGUGGCUGAUGUGUGGUGUAGUUUGUGUCGAGAGUAUGGCUGCUCCAGUCACAAUUGCAAUGUACAACUGGAGUCGAGAAGACGCAGUGCUCUAUAAUGGAAUCAUUCAAACUGUUUCCUGUGUUUUCACGUUUAUUGUCAAUUUCAGUCUUGCUUCCACUAAACUCAAAACGAUUGACAACCGUCUUCUUCUUCUAUGCGGACUUGUAUUCUUUGAAAUCUUCUUCAUUCUCCACAUGCCACUUCCCUUCUAUCCUGGACCAUUGGACCGUCCGGGAACUCUGAAUUCAACUAUUUCUGAAGUCGGACGAUGUGAAUUCGAUUGGUGUGAUAGUACUCCAAGAGUUCCACUUCCAUUGUAUUUAGUCAUUUGUUCUGCAAUAAUUGGAUUAGGAUUUCCACUCAUUUCUUCAACUUCAAGUUCACUGCUGAGCCAAAUUAUUGGUCCAAGAAAACAGGGAACUGUUCAAGGCUUUUUCGCAUUCACUGGAGCUUUUUCGCAAUUUGUUGUCUCACUGUUUUCAACUCGUCUAUUUGAACUGAGUGGAUACAAAUGGAUAAUGAUAUAUCAUUGGAGUAUUGUCACCGUUGCAAUUAUCUCAACACUUUUCCUCUGGCGUCGUCUAAUUCCGUUGAAAAUGACACCAAGUAAUGGAGAAGCAACUCGUUAUAAAUUGGGUACAUUCUACAGAAUGUAG